AUGGCGAGAAGACGGAGAAGGCGAUCGAAUUCUGUGUUUUCGUGUGAAAAUUUGAAGGAUUAUAUGGAACAUUAUACUUUGGUUGAUGAAAGGAUGACUAAUUUAGAGGUUUGGAUUUUUCUUUUCAUAGUUGUUGCGGUUCAAAAUUUUCGAACAUUGAAAAAAAUGCGUUUAAAAAAGUGACUAAUUUUUUUAAAAUUUUAAAUAUUUCCACGUCAUAGCUCGCAUCCAAAAGUAUAGCAGAUCCAGAAGGUCAAAAACUACUGUCAUGCAUAAAAACUUCAUUCAUUCAUUCCAAUUUAAUUUCCUAAUGCAUUCCCAAUUUUAUUUUGCAGCUCGACCAAUCUUCUUCUUCUCCACCACCAAAAGAUCUUCCAAUCGAAUCUCAAUUAAUUAUUCCAUCAUCAAAGACUCCACUCUCCCCGAUUGAAUCGCUCUACCUCGAACAUCUUUUUGGAAUUUCCCAGAGUUCUUCUCUAAUUGAUUCUCUUGCUCUCGAAGAACAUCCAAAAUGUGCUUCUCCAACAUCAGAAAAUUGUUCGGAAGAAUCUGGAUUUCAAGAAGGAGAAGAAGAACCUCUGCGUCGAAUUCAUCUACAUGAAAGACCUCGAAAUUUUCCAGUUCCAAUUAUUCCUCCAACCCCAAUUUUUUCUGAUCUACCAGUUGACAAAAAUCGAAUUGAUUGUGAAAGGAGAAUUCUAAUGGAAGAUUUGAAGUUUGUCAGGAAAACUCCCGAUUUUGUUCCACGAAUGAUGACUGAAGAUUUUGAACGGAUAAAUAAAUGUAUAGAAAAACGGAAAAUUGAUAUUCGAGAACUUCUGAAACGCGUUGAAUCAGCAAAACAUCAACAUCGAGUAAGCUUUUUUUUUAUUCUGGAUCUAAAAAAAAUAGAAAUUUUCAGAGAUUCUCCGAACAUCUUCAAAGCGCUCAAAAUCUGACGGGUAAAAUAUACUGGAACUCAUAA